AUGUGGGGGAGAAGGUGUUGCAUCACGUCCACCACCAGAUGUGCUGGCGUAAUCCCUGAAGCAACCCGCUGUCAUCAUUUUGUUAGCUAUCGACCCAUCCGGCCAGUGCCUCUCCUCCGCCCCUCCUUCCCCUCUUCUGGUUCUUCUCGUGGGGUUUCUUCUUCUCGCUUUUAUCUUCCUUGCACAUUUCUACGUCACCUCAUCAAACCUAAUCUUUCAAAAUCCUUCGUAAGGCACUGUUCAUUUGACGUACGCGCGAUGGCAAUGGCGGAUAGAGAUACACUUCCUGACGCGGUUAAACCAGUGCACUACCAUGUGUCCUUAUAUGAUCUCGAGCUUGGUGGUGCCUGGGGCUACAAGGGUACUGUUAAGAUAGAUUCCACAGUCACCCGGCCCACCAAGGAAGUUGUGCUCAAUUGCAAGGAGAUCGAGGUUCAUAAAGCAGAAAUUUUGGGAAAAGAUGGUACGGAAUCCGCGAAGGCGUCUAAAAUCACGUAUGACAAAAAGUCAGAGCGAGUGUCUUUUAUUUUCUCUCAAGAAAUAUCGCCUUCAGACAUUGUGCUAUCUAUUGGCUUCACCGGCACUAUGAACAAUGCCAUGGCUGGUUUCUACCGCUCAAAGUACAAACCUGCCGUGCAGCCCACGGCUGAUACACCCAAAGAAGGUGACUUCUACUACAUGCUUAGUACUCAAUUUGAGUCCUGUGACGCACGAAGAGCCUUCCCUUGCUUUGAUGAACCAAAUCUUAAGUCCACUUUCGACUUUGAGAUUGAGGUUCCCAAAGGCCAAACUGCCUUGAGUAAUAUGCCGAUCAAGUCAGAACGAGACGGUAGUAAGCCCGACCUCAAGUUUGUGUCCUUUGAAAGGACCCCAGUCAUGAGCACCUAUCUUUUGGCAUGGGCUGUUGGUGAUUUUGAGUACGUUGAAGCUAUGACUCAACGCAAAUACAGCGGAAAGAGCAUACCAGUCCGUGUCUACACUACGAAAGGGCUCAAAGAACAGGCACGCUUUGCCUUGGAAUGUGCUCAUCGCACCGUCGAUUAUUUCUCGGAAGUAUUCGAAAUUGAAUAUCCUUUGCCCAAGGCUGAUCUUCUUGCCGUUCAUGAGUUUGCCAUGGGUGCCAUGGAGAAUUGGGGUCUGGUCACAUAUCGUACGACCGCAGUUCUAUUCGAAGAGGGAAAAUCCGACACCCGCUACAAGAACCGCAUAGCAUACGUCGUCGCUCAUGAAUUGGCCCACCAGUGGUUUGGCAAUCUUGUGACUAUGGACUGGUGGAACGAGCUUUGGCUGAACGAAGGCUUUGCAACCUGGGUUGGCUGGUUGGCUGUUGAUCAUUUUUAUCCCGAAUGGAACGUUUGGUCUCAGUUUGUCGCUGAAGGGGUGCAACAAGCGUUUCAGCUCGAUUCCUUGCGCGCAUCUCACCCCAUUGAAGUCCCCGUAAGGAACGCUCUAGAAGUAGACCAGAUUUUUGACCAUAUCAGCUAUCUGAAGGGAAGCUCGGUAAUUCGCAUGCUGAGUGAUCAUCUUGGUCAAGAAACUUUCCUCCGUGGUGUGGCCGACUACUUGAAGAAGCAUGCGUAUGGUAAUGCUACUACAAAUGAUCUAUGGUCUGCCCUCAGUCAAGCUUCCAACCAGGAUGUUCAUAAAUUCAUGGAUCCGUGGAUCCGAAAGAUUGGCUUUCCUGUUCUCACCGUGGCAGAAGAGCCAGGGCAAAUCAGCAUUCGCCAGAACAGGUUUCUUUCAACUGGGGACGCCAAGCCUGAAGAGGACGAGACGACAUGGUGGAUUCCGCUAGGCAUCAAAUCAGGACCCCGGCUGGCCGACGUAAAUACACGCGCUCUUGUCUCGAAAUCCGACACUAUUGCGGGCGUCGGUCAAGAUUCAUUCUACAAAAUCAACAAAGAUCUGUCAGGCUUCUACCGCACGAAUUAUCCUGCCGACCGUCUAGCGAAGCUGGGCCAAUCUUUGGACCUGUUAAGUACCGAAGAUAAGAUUGGCCUCAUCGGUGAUGCUGCUGCUCUCGCUGUAUCCGGAGAGGGAACUAGUGCUGCAUUAUUAACUCUACUGGAAGGAUUUAAGAGGGAGGAAAACUACUUGGUUUGGUCACAGAUUUCGUCUUCUGUCGCAAAUCUGCGCUCUGUCUUUUCGCAGAAUGACUCAGUAGCUGCGGGAUUGAAGAAAUUCACACUCGCAUUGGCAUCUCCCGCCGCCGAAAAGAUAGGCUGGGAAUUCAAGGCCGACGAAGAUUAUCUCACUGUGCAGCUUCGUAAGCUUCUAAUCGGCAUGGCUGGGUUUGCGGGUCAUGAAAGCAUCGUUACUGAAGCGAAACAGCGUUUCGAUCUUUGGGCUUCAGGCAAGGACAAGAGCGCAGUGCACACGAACCUGCGCUCGGCAAUCUUUGGUAUCACGAUAGCUGAAGGUGGACGCGACAAAUAUGAUUCCGUCAAGGAAGAGUAUAUCAAGACCGACUCGGUCGAUGGCAAGGAGAUUUGCCUCGCCGCGCUUGGGCGUGUCACAGAUGCUGAUCUCGUCUACGACUAUCUGGACUUUGUUUUCUCUGACAAAGUGGCAAUCCAGGAUGUGCACAAUGGUGCAGUGGCUUUGGCUGCUAACUCUAAAGUCCGCCAUCUUCUGUGGGAGUACAUGAAGAGAAAUUGGGAUGCCGUUGAAGCCCGACUUUCGGCGAACAACGUCGUCUUCGAGCGCUUUGUGCGAAUGGGUCUGUCGAAAUUCGCAGACCAUAACAUUGGGGCGGAUAUCGCUUCCUUCUUCAAGGACAAGGAUACAAGUCCCUAUGACCGCGCCUUGGUGAUCGUUGCUGAUUCCAUACGAACAAAUGCAAACUACAAAGAAAGGGACGAAAGGCUGGUUUUGGAGUGGCUUCAGUCUCAUGGUUAUGCUUGA